AUGUCCAGUGUAGUUACUGGUAGAGAGCAAGCGGUGAUCGAGGUGGGAAGAGAAAUCCUGGAUGCUGGCGGCCAUGUUACUUGCUCGGCCUUUCCCUCCAGGCGUCGGUUCCCGUCUCUUGGCCCCGACGAAAUAAUCAAUAUAGAUCCCGCUAUCUAUAUUUUCCAGGAGCUUGAAAAGGCAACCGCCUGUACAGCUAGUGACUUCCCAGAGGAGGCGGCUCCUCUAGUGAUCAGAUUGACAGCUCAGCUUCGCCAGUUGAUACACCAGGGGGCCGACAUGAAGGAUUGGAUGAUAUCGUAUGCGCACUGGCCUGAUGGUUUGUUGAUAUUGCUACAAGCUGGCUAUAAUGCGACCGAAGACACACUUUUCGCAGCCCUCGACUUCAAUUGCGAAGCCAGUGUCCGCAUCCUGAUCGAAACUGGCAAUAUCCAUGUAGGGCCCAACGAACUAUACGAAGCCGCUUGUCAUCCCAAUUUCAGCAUGGUAGAGCUGAUUAUCCAAGCUUUAGUUGACCGCAGAAAGUGCUUGCAGUUUCUCGCGGAGACACACCUGUCCGUCGAUGAAGUGUCGGCGUUGGAAAUCAGACCCGAUACUCUUAUAGACUUUCAAGCCCAUCUGGUUACUCGGAUGUUAGAAGACAAGAGAACCAACUUGGGUGGAGUCGGGGAACCCUAUGCAUGGUCUGUGUAUGGUGCUUUGGAGGAUAAUUUGUCGAUAGCGGAUCGACUGUGGGAAGCAGGGUUUCGAGAUGUCGAAGUACCCGAUGUCCGCGGCAGGACACUUCUCAUGACUAUAUCUGGAUUUCCAUUUAAGUCCCUCCUUGAGCAGACAGACUGGUUAAUAGGAAAAGGCGCUCAGCCGUAUCGACUAUAUGAAAGUACGCCAGCCCUCCACUUUGUCGGUUUUGCCGUGGGUCGCAGUUUACCAUCCCUUGCAGAUAAGAAGUGGUUUGAUGAUUUAAUCCGGUUGCCUCUCGCCUUGAAACAAGUUUUCUGCCAAAUAUUAACUAACGGCAUGCGUGACGCCUGCUGCUGCUUCGUUCUAUUGGUGGAUGCUGUGGCUGCAAUCAUAACAUGGCUCGUCGUCUCAUUUGAAAAAGUACAAACAUUCUUUAACAAGCUGCCCGAGGACAUCCUUCGCUUCCUGACAUUCAACUGUAUGGGCCUUACUCACACCUGUAGCCACCCGUCGGAUCGAGCAAAGACGGCAGACGAGAUAUCUAAGAUUCAUCACGAGAGAUACUUGUUGAAGGAUUUUGAGAUCCUCUUAGCCGACGUGCUUUCUGCCUACAGGGAUUCUACCAAAUGUUUGCCUGAAUUUCUCACAGGCUACUGGGUCAGGCGAAUGAAAGAGUAUCAUUCCUGGCAUGUCACCCCGAGUGAGGAGGAAAUCGAAUCGCUUCGGGAGGCUGGUGUUGUUCUACACGGACCUACCGCUCCAGCAAAUAUUCACAGCCCGUUCUCAAGAAAGCCUCUGUUAUCCGCACUUGCUCAUGUGGACGAAUUGAUCCUAAGCACCUGCGGCGUAGUGAACGGGACAUUUUCUCCUGGAGAGGUUCCUAGUUUGGGAUAUGUCGCGCCUGUCCCCAUUCAUGGUCCGUUUUCUUCAUUCUUGUUUGGCCGUUUCCAUGGAGGCUAUUCUUUACCACGUCCAUUGCUAUCGGUGGAAAAUAUUGCAAAGCACCUUAAUAUCCGUGAUGAACGCCAGUCUAGAAUUUGGCAACUUUACAACAUCCCAAUAUUCCGUGCCCGUGAUACGCCUCUCCGCUCACUGUAUCGACUUUUUGAGGAUCUCUGUGCCAGUGAGUUUAUUAUGCUGGGCUACGAGUGCAGAUACUUCUUUUUCCAUUCUGAGCCUCACUGGGAAUUGGCUUGUAUCUCAGAUCCUCGAGACGAAUAUCCUAUUCGAUAUGCGAUUCUUGCGAGCAUGGUUGAAGUACUGGUGGAUGCAUUCAAUGCCAGACUAGAACUAGGCAUUCGUCGGGAUAAUACGACAGAUCCAUCUGAACAACAGGGUUCCAACUUCGCGAGGGAGGAGGCUCCCUCCUGGCCUUCAAAGAUUGCCACCCUUGAGAAAGCUCUAGUGUUUAGCGAGCCCGGCUACAAUGUUUCUGAUAUGACGACGGAGCAGCAUUUUCCGAAGAGGAAUAUCAAAGUGCCGAGUUGA